GUCUCUUCUCUCUAGGGAUUGGCUAUUUUUGAGAAACUCAAGUCAAACCCAGUCCAAAAGAAACAAAACGACAACUCUCUCUUGAUCUCAGUUUCUUCGCUUCACUCUCUCUCUACCCCAUGGACGCUCACGUCGCUCAGCUGCAGAUGCAAUAUCGUAACUACAUCCUUUCUCUCUACCAACAGGGCUUUCUGGAUGAUCAGUUUACUGAGUUGAAAAGUCUGCAAGAUGAUGGAAGUCCUGAUUUUGUGGCUGAGGUUCUCUCUCUCUUCUUUGAUGAUUGUGUCAAGCUUGUCGGUAACAUGGCUAGAGCUUUGGACCAGACAGGAACUGUAGAUUUUUGUCAGGUUGGUGCUAAUGUUCAUCAGUUGAAGGGUAGUAGCUCAAGUGUUGGUGCCAAGAGGGUUAAAGGCUUGUGUAUUAACUUCAAGGAACUUUGUGAGGCUAAGAACUAUGAAGGGUGUGUGAGAUGUCUGCAGCAAGUGGAUAUAGAAUACAAGACGUUAAAGGCAAAGCUUCAAGAUAUGUUCAAUCUUGAGAAACAAAUAGUUCAAGCUGGUGGUAUCGUUCCUCAAGUGGAUAUUAACUAAAGUAAUCAAGACUUGCAAUCCUCUGGUGGAUGAAGAGAAGAACAAGAUGAUGAUGAUGACUCAAAUUUGCAUUCUUCAGUUUCUCUUUUAAUUUUUUUUUUUUUUUUUGGAUCUUUGUUUGCUCAGAAGAAACUCAAAAGAUAUCUUAUGACCGAGUUUGAGAGACAUGAGAUGAAUGAAGCUACCAUGAGAUUGGUUAUGUUUUCUGAACCGAGUUUCUGUUAUCAGAAACUCCCCUUCCUCGUGAUCUUGCUAUUGAAAGUA